AUGGAUACUCAAAGGACAUUGGACUGUUUCAUUAAGAGUAGAAAAAGACCCACCACCGAAGAUGGUUUGCACCAUAAGGAAAGUGUGAACAAUACAUUUGCAAUACAUAAACCAUCUAGAAAAUUAUCGUUUGAUUGUACUGAGCAGCAAACGAUUAAAAAACAAAAGGUUGAUUUUGGUAUAGCAAAAACAAUUUUCCAAAAAAAUCUAAAUGCUGGUGUUAAUAAUGGAGUUGCGGAACACAUUUUGGAGCAAAAAAAGGGUAAAAAUAAACAAGAAAUCUAUUCAGAGAGAGCUACAACUCCGGAUCAAACACCAUCCACUAAAGCUAAAUUACGUAAAGAAUUGGAUUUGGGUGAAUUUCGCAAAAUUGUUCGUCAUAAGCAUAACUUUAAAAAAUUACGAGAAUUGAUCAGUGUGGUAGAUCAAUCUCAAAUUGCUCUUAACUCUGCUGAAUCUAAAGUAAAAGCUGCCAAAAAUCAUUACUUAUCCUCAUUUAAAUCAGUUGAUCUCUUGGUUGAUACUAGCCCAGAAAAAGUUGUAUCAAGUCCCAUAAAACGAUCUCAACUUAAACCUUCAUCCUUAUUUCUCAGCCCAGCACAAUCUAUCGUUAGUCCAAGGAAUGAAAUGACCACUCAGAUGACACAGCCGACAGAAUAUGUUUCGCCUAGUAAACUAUUAGACGAAGUUGGGUCUCUUAUGGCUUUUUCACCAUCAAAACGAUAUGCUGCAUUGGCUGAUUCUAAAGCAUUACCUUUGCCUUUGAAGUACCGUAUUUUGGAUGAAUUAUUCAAGGCUAUGGAAACUGUUUCGUCAAUGAUGUUUACUAGAAAAGAAAAAAUAACAUUUAAUAAACUCAAACGUGGUGUUCAGCAUAUGACUAGAAAGAAUUUUACUGAAUUCCACUUAGCACAAAUUAAAACUGUAGUACCAGAUUUAUUCAAGUUUGCAUUAGUAAAAUCACCAAAAGAGAAAUAUAGUCAGGAAUUAGUAAUAGUUCCGAAUUAUGGCUCAAAAGAUGAAGAUAACAUUGACUUAAUUGAACUAACAAUUCGGAGAAAAAAGAUAUUUUAUAAUGCACUACUUGACAUUAUGAAGGAGCAUCAUAAAAAAUAUUUGAAUGCAUUAAUUCCACCUAUUGUGAUUGACAAAAAUAAAAUAACUAGAUGGCAUCCUGAGUUUGAUGUUGAAUCCGCAAUAGAUAUAAUUCCUUCAACAUUACCUAAAAUUGAAAUUAAUAAACCUAAAUUAGAAACUGCAAAAGAUUUAUUGGAUAAGUCCCAUGCAUUAUUUGCUUAUAAUAAUCGUUUGAAUCGGACUCUCAUAACAAUGAACAAUGAAAAUGAAAUUAUAACCGAGAAAAAAUUUUCUUCAACAGAUGCAAAAAAUGCAUUAAUAGGAGCACUUAAAGGGAUUCCAAAAUCAUUUUUACUUAAGAUUCAAGAAAAGCAAGCGGCAAAGGCUAAAGAGUUGAUGACACGGUCAGUGGGUCAAUUGAAAGAAGAUAGAAUGAUGAAUAGAUUACCAGAUAUUGCAAGAAGUAUGCGUACCUAUUUCGUACAACUUCGAGGAAAUAUUAUGCCGGUCAAAAAAAUCAUCAAUCAAUUAAAGCAGAGUUAUCCUGAAUCUAUGACAGACCAGGAAUGGAAAGCUCACUUCAGUCUUCUCCAAAAAAUAGUACCUCACUGGAUUGAAUCAAAAGUCUUAGAAGGAAUUGAACAUAUUCGAAUUGAUAAAAAAGUUGAAUUUGAAGAAACUGUAAUUAAAAGAUUAAAAAACUAA